UCAGCUCUGAAGUCCAACCCCUCCCAUCUGACAGAGCUGGACCUGAGCUACAACAAGCUGCAGGAUUCAGGAGUGAAGCUGCUGUGUGAUUUUCUGGAGAGUCCACACUGUAGACUGAAGACUCUGAGAUUGGAGGACUGCAGUUUGUCAGAGAUCAGCUGUGUUUCUCUGGCCUCAGCUCUGAAGUCCAACCCCUCCCAUCUGACAGAGCUGGACCUGAACUAUAAUGACCUGCAGGAUUCAGGAGUGAAGCUGCUGUGUGAUUUUCUGGAGAGUCCACACUGCAGACUGCAGACUCUCAGUUUGAGGAGCUGCAGUUUGACAGAGAUCAGCUGUGCUUCUCUGGCCUCAGCUCUGAAGUCCAACCCCUCCCAUCUGACAGAGCUGGAUCUGAGUGGAAACAUCGACCUGCAGGAUUCAGGAGUGAAGCUGCUGUGUGAUUUUCUGGAGAGUCCACACUGCAGACUGAAGACUCUGAGAUUGAGGCGCUGCAGUUUGUCAGAGAUCAGCUGUGCUUCUCUGGCCUCAGCUCUGAAGUCCAACCCCUCCCAUCUGACAGAGCUGGAUCUGGCUGACAACGACCUGCAGGAUUCAGCAGUGAAGCCUCUGUCUGAUCUUGUGGAGAGUCCACACUGCAGUUUGCAGACUCUGAGGUGGUGGCCCAUGUCACACCGUGAGUGACUAAGAGAGGGUCAGCUGAGUCCUGAUGAUCCAGAGAGGUUGAAGCAGCAGCAUCAGCUCUGACUGGGCCAUGUUACUGGGAGGUGGAGUGGAGAGGAGAGCUUCAUCCAGCAGAGACUGACGGAGGAAUCUAGUUCAUUACAACAGAUUGUUAAAACAGAAAACUUCUGAAUCUUAAUCACUAAUAAUGACACUGAACUAUAUGUAGUUUGUAUCUUCAUGUAAUGUCAGUGAUUAAAAUGUUCUGGUGUUAGUGUGUGAUCAAACACAAUAUUGACUUUUUACCAAAAUCCAACUUUAAUCAAUGUUUUUAUAUUAACAAUGAAUCAAAUGGCAAUGGGACAGGUUCAUAGAAACAAAUCCAGACAUAGUUCCGUUUUCUGCUUUAACAAUGGAAAUGUUUGUUAUAGUUUCUCACAUCGUGAUCGUUUGUAUUAAACAAAGCGACGCUCAUUUCCAAACAGGUCAUUUGAGGUUAAUGACGAGGCACCUCAAAUAAAACAGAUUUGUCUUGAUUUUUUCAUUUUAAUGUUAACAACAGAAGCUAACACAGAAGUCACAGAUUCACUGGUCUUACCACAUCGAGUCAUAUUCACUAAUAACUCGGUCCAAAGAAAAGAAACCACGAUUCAACCAUUAUGAAAAGCCAAUCUGUGUUAGCGCCUCAGGACUCCAGACUUCAGCAGUCCUGGUCCAAGGACACACUGGAGAACCUCCAAUCCUGUAUCCUGUUAUAAACAUUAGGAUUUAUACUGGGGUUAAGAUGUUUUAACUCAUAUAAUGUGUGUUUCCUGUUUUUUGCAUGUCUCGUGCACGUCCCUUAUCUGGACUGUGUUUUGCUGAGGAUGGCAGGGAGAGAUAAUUGUAGAUCAGUAGUUCAAGGACAGGAGAGACAAGGACGUGAGAAACAGGCCUGUGUGAAGUGUAAUUUUGAUACAUAAUUGUCACAAGUUGGGUUUUUGUUCUGUCUCGUCAUUUCCUGUUUUAUUUUGAUAUUUACCUGUCCUCUCGUUUCAGGUCACUUGUCCUUCCUCAUGUGUCCCCGCCCUGAUUGUUUCCACCUGUUCCCCAUUACCCUGUGUAUAUAUUGUCUGCGCCUCCCUUUGUCUUGUGCCAAAGUGCUUCGUCCUAUGAUUGAUCACCAAAGCCUUCUUUCGUGCCUGUCCACAGCCUUAGCCUUGUUGCUUGAGUGUUCCUUUGUUUUUUGCCUCGAUUGAGUGAUUUUUUUUUUGUUGUAAAUUUCUUAGUAUAGCCGUUUGUUUCAUUGAGCUUAGUUUACUUGUUUUUUCAUCCUCCCGAGGACAUUCAGUUAUGCAUAAUGUUUUGCAGCCUUUUGAUUUUCCUCCUUUUGUAAAUGAAUUUGAUUUAGUUAAUUUUUCAUAACGCAAUUUAGAGUUUUUUCCUCCCUUUGGAGUGACUUUUGGUUUUCCCUAGUUUUAGGCCUGUUUUAUAGCCUGCCUUAGCCUCACUGUCGAGGGUUUUUUGUUAUUCUAAAUAAAACAGCUCUCUGUCACCUCUG